ACCGCCCACCACCUUAUAGGUAUAAUGUAGACGAUUUCUGAUUUAUUGUGCUUCGUCUCUUCCAACUCAAUUCGUGUAGUUUUUUUUCCUCUGUGACACAUUCCCAACCGGUGACUUUUAGAGGUUGAUUCUUCAUGACCACAAAGUGAAUUGCAAGAUGAAGUCAUCUUUCUUACCAAGCAUAAAAUCCUGAACGUUACGUCUAACAGAGGAAUACGAGCAAGUUUGAUCAAUCCUUCCCCAAUUGAGGAGCUAAUGGUAUUCAUUUCCGGGAAAGGUGAAUAAACGACCUUGCAAUCCAGGAAAGCUGUCGCAAUGAGUGAGCCGAAAGGACCAACAGUUCCUGGAAGAUUUUCAUCUACUGCGAAGCUUGGAUCCAGCGAAGUUUCCAUACCUGUUGAUAGUAAAACCUUGCUAACUCAAAAUGACGAUUACAAUCCAUUCGAGCACAGAAACGUGGAGCACCCAAAUUCAACUGUUGGCGCUCUAAUCCACUUACUCAAAAGUUCCUUGGGCACCGGAAUUUUGGCGAUGCCCGUGGCGUUCAGAAAUGCUGGUUUACUUGGCGGAGCCAUCGGUACAUUUUGCGUGGGAUUUUUAUGCACAUAUUGCGUGCACAUGUUAGUAAGCGCAUCUCAUGAAAUCUGCAAGCGUGCGCGACUUCCAUCACUGGGCCUUGCAGAAACGUGUGGGGCAGCUUUUGAGUAUGGUCCAAAGCCUUUGCGACGAUUUGGCACAGCAGUAAGAAUUGCGGUAGAUAUCGGUUUGGUUAUUACAACCUUCAUGGUUACAGGCGUCUAUGUCGUCUUUAUGUCAAAUUCCCUUCAGCAGCUCAUGGAACAUUGGGUGCCAGGAACAGCGUACAACGCAAGGUUGUACAUGGUGAUGCUAAUGUUGCCACUAAUGAUAUCAUCACAAGUGAGGGAACUAAAACACUUAGUACCUUAUUCGUUCCUGGCUAACAUUUGUAUGGUUACGUCCUUUGCAAUUUCGCUGUAUUACCUAUUCAUGGAUAUACCCGAUCCGUCCAGUAGGCCGCUGUUUUCAUCGAUCGGCAACCUGCCACUAUUUUUCAGUACAGUGCUUUUUGCUAUGGAAGGUAUUGGAGUGGUGAUGCCUGUCGAGAAUACUAUGAAGAAGCCUCAACACUUUCUUGGAUGUCCGGGUGUAUUAAACGGUACUAUGGGUAUCGUGGUUGUCUUAUAUGCAAUGAUCGGCUUUUUUGGAUAUUUAAAGUACGGAGAUGCAACCGAAGGCACGAUUACCUUAAAUUUUCCCGUUCACGAAAUACCGGCCCAAAUACUUAAGCUGCUGAUCGUGUUGUCCGUAUUUUUCACUUAUAACCUGCAAUUGUAUGUGGCGCUAGAAAUCAUCUGGAAGAAAGUUGAUCAUCGAAUCGUUGGACGAACUAAGAGAAAUGUCUCGCAGGUUAUCGCUCGAUGCGUAUAUGUGGCCGGAACGGUUGCAAUCGCUGCUGCCGUUCCCAAUUUGGAGCACAUAAUAGGACUAGUGGGUUCCAUUUGUUUGUCAAUUCUUGGAGUUUUAUUGCCGGCCAUUAUUGAAACGGUUGUAUAUUGGGAGCAUGGUUUUGGAUGCCUAAAAUGGAGGCUGAUUAAAAAUAUUUUUCUGGCAGUAUUAGCUCUAUUUGCUUUAGUUUCGGGGUCUAUGGAAAGCAUUAGAGCACUAUUUUAAUUCCAAAUCAAAGGUAGUUCUAGCUACCUAUUUUACUGUGACGGCGAAUGUAUUGGUUGUUCAAUGUCGACUAUGCCUGCAUCAAUUUUUGGGUUUUGUGGAAAAAAGAAACAAAACAACUCACAAAUUAUUACAGGUAUAUGGCAGCUUUACAUUCAAUAACAGCGUAAUAUAUGUAGAUAACGAAAAUCUGUGAUUCACUCAGUAAGAUAUUAUUUAUUAUGUACCGACUUACUUAAGAAUAAAUGAAAAUUAUGAAAUUUGAA